UCUUCGUUCCGUACAGCAAAAUGGCGGCCCCUCUAUGGAUGAGGAAGCCGUGCGGCGCAGCUGAACGCGGCGAGCUCCCCUCUCGACCUAUCCCGACUGAGAAGCGCUGUGAGCCGCUCUCUGAUUGGACGCGCUGGGCUCCUCGUCAGGAGCGGACGGGCUACGCUGCGGCCUGUGUGGCUACUCUGACCUAUGAUACUCUCAGGUUUGAGUAUGAAGACUUCCCUGAGACCAAAGACCCUGUUUGGAUACUGGGGAGAACAUACAGUGUGUUCACAGAGAAGGAGGAGAUCCUGUUGGAUGUGACCUCUCGGUUUUGGUUCACAUACAGAAAGAACUUUCCUGCCAUUGGAGGAACAGGUCCCACAUCUGAUACCGGCUGGGGCUGCAUGUUGAGGUGUGGUCAGAUGAUCUUCGCACAGGCAUUGGUCUGCCGGCACUUAGGCAGAGAUUGGAGGUGGGUGAAAGGGAAGAGGCAGACGGAUAAUUACUUCAACAUACUUAAUGCCUUCAUUGACAAAAAAGACAGCUACUACUCCGUCCACCAGAUAGCCCAGAUGGGAGUUGGAGAGGGCAAAUCGAUAGGCCAGUGGUACGGACCAAACACAGUUGCACAAGUGCUCAAAAAACUUGCCACUUUUGAUACAUGGAGCUCAUUGGCAGUGCACAUAGCCAUGGACAACACUGUAGUGAUGGAAGAGAUCAGAAGGUUAUGCAAGUCCAAUUUCUUGUGUGCUGGUGCUGCAGCAUUCCCCGCUGCAGAGUCAGACCUGUUCUAUAAUGGGUACCCGGAUGGAGCAGAGGUUACAGAUAGGUUGUCGCUAUGGAAACCAUUGGUGCUGCUGAUACCUCUUCGCCUUGGGCUCACGGAUAUCAAUGAAGCUUAUAUUGAAACACUAAAGCACUGUUUCAUGAUGCCUCAGUCCCUGGGAGUGAUUGGAGGGAAACCCAACAGUGCUCAUUACUUCAUUGGCUAUGUAGGUGAGGAGCUAAUUUACUUGGACCCCCACACUACACAGCCUGCAGUGGAACCCAGUGAUAACAGCUGUAUCCCUGAUGAGAGCUUCCACUGCCAGCACCCGCCCUGCCGAAUGAGCAUUGCUGAACUCGACCCAUCCAUCGCAGUGGGCUUUUUCUGCAACACAGAGGAAGACUUUAAUGACUGGUGCCAGGAAAUCAAAAAGCUGUCCCUGCUAAAAGGAGUUCUGCCAAUGUUUGAACUGGUAGAACAUCAGCCUUCACACUUCUCCAGCCCUGAUGUUCUGAAUCUCACACCAGACUCUUCUGAUGCAGACAGGUUGGAAAGAUUCUUUGACUCAGAGGAUGAAGACUUUGAAAUUUUAUCUCUUUGAAAAUAGAUAGGAAACUGACUGCACAUCUAUGUUUGGGGGUGGGGGGUGAAAAGUUCCUUCAAGCACCUGGGCCCUUACUGGUUUUCAUAGGUGCUUGCUGAUAUCCCUGCCUCCCAUCCAUCCUAGCAUUCUGUGCAGUCUGAAGCACAGUGUGCACUCUCUGCAUUGGGAUCAAGAAACAAGUCAUCAUUAAGGCUUCAGUGACCAGAGUCAGGAUUUCUCAGUGCAAAACACAUGCAAGAAGUGGAUGCAGUGGUGCCUAGGAGUUCAGAGUUUUGUUUGUUACAGCAACAGCUCAACUGGCCCUCUAGGAAUAACAGCAGAAACCCCAUAUGGAGCUAGACCCUUAUGAGUACUUCCUAGUGAUUAAUAAGCGCUAUUCCUCUUUUGAGAGGCAAAACCUAUACUGGUAGUUCCUUCCACAGCUUUCCUGCUUAUGGCUGACUUGGGCUAAACUUAGAUUUAUGGAAAGCAAUGUAAAUUAAUACCAGGCAUGUCCCAUACAGAGGCUCCAGCCCAGUAGUAUGUGAGCUAGUCACCUGGACGGUCAUGUUUUCCUUAGUAAUAGGCCACACGUUGCUGAUGAUGCUUAAUAGUAGUUGCAGUGGUUUCUCACAAACACAGUGCUGCCUGUCUUCUCACCAUACCCAGAAGCUGCCUGCUCUAAUAAAGGGCAACCUUCUCUCAGAGGUGAAAGCACUUCCUUGAUGUGGAAAACCUCAUGGUAAUGUCCAAGGUCUAAAGAUGACAACCAAAAGGGGAGGAGAAUCCCAGUUUAAAUAAAAGGAAUCUCACUGGAUGAGUCCUCAAAUCACCAAGGCUGUGAAAAAGAUGGAUUGACAACUCUAGCAGUGAGGUGUCUUCAUUAAAGUAUUUGUUUAGAGAACCAGACAGUCCUGUGAGAGGUUGACAUGUUUUUAAAUCUUAAGAGCCUGAUGUUGCUUUUGGUUUUUGGUGCCACAAGCACUAAACAGAAAAGGAGUACUUGUGGCACCUUAGAGACUAACCAAUUUAUUUGAGCAUAAGCUUUCGUGAGCUACAGCUCAUUUCAUCAGAUGUAGUUCACGAAAGCUUAUGCUCAAAUACAUUGGUUAGUCUCUAAGGUGCCACAAGUACUCAUUUUCUUUUUGCAAAUACAGACUAACACGGCUGUUACUCUGAAAGCGCCAAGCAGUUUUUGGUGCCACAAAGCAUCCUAUGUAGUGUGGUCACUCCUCCUCGGUUGAUUGAAUAGUUCCAGGUACUAUUCCAAUUGGACUCCCUGCAUUCAAAAUGAUGUACAAGGGGGCUUGAAAUUUAAUUAGACAUAGAAUAUAUUUCUUAGCUGAUUGGUACCAUUUCACAUGCUAUUCUGCAACUUCCCUUUAUGAUGAUUUAGUUGGGGAUUGGUCCUGGUUUGAGCAGGAGGUUGGACUAGAUGACCUCCUGAGGUCCCUUCCAACCCUGAUAUUCUAUGGUCCUUCUAGCACUGUGUGGCAAAUGCAUACUGUAGAAGCUAGGCCAAAGAAACCCAUUUUAAGUGAUCAUCUGAAGAUGUCAGGAAAAAAAAUGGUUGCCUAGAAAAGUUGAUAGUUAAACAUCAAACACCCUUGAACUAAAAACCUUGGAGUUACUUUAACUUUACAGGAGCUUGCCUGUGGCCCAUAAUAUCUAUUUAGUAAAAAUGAGAGCUGGAUUGAAAACAGAUGCAUAGGAGAACUGAGUCCUGAUGUGAGCCACCAUAGAAGCUACUCAAGUCUUCUCCGUUCUCCAGGGCUGCUGCAGGUGGCAAAUCCAUGUUUGCAAUGCAUUUUCCUGCAUUUGGGAACAGCACUUGUCAGUUGAUGCUUUUGUACCCAGAAGGUACAUAAACUGGCCAUAAAUGCUGUCCUCCAUGACAAGGCUGACUGACCUAUUGAUGUUAAUCUUAUUAUCUGCCCCUAAUCUCCCAGAGAGCCAGAGAUUUUAACUCUUGAGCCAUGAUGCUUCUGUCACUAAAUUACUUGCUGCUUUCUCUCUGUUGCUGUUCCUUGUCAUCUCUCUUGCAUUAAUUUUAAGGGGGAGGGGAGAUGGUGGAGGAAGUGGGGCUGUGCUCCAUUCAUCAACUGCUUUCAAUUUGUAUUUAAAUAAACAAAUUUAAAAUCUUU